AGCUGUUCUUGUUGCAGGUUUAAGUAUUCUCGAUCAUAUGGAUCAUAUCGUCUAUUCUGCUGCAAUUUUCGGAUUCAACUUCAGAAAAUCUACUAGCCUACAUCUAGCAGUGGUUUAUCAAUAUAAAUAUCAAUCGUCAUGCACUUACCAUCCCACUAAUUUAAGAAAUCCAGGAUGGUCAAAAGAAAAACAAACAGGAAAUUAAAGCUGAAUAAAUAAUGAAAGGUGGAUGGAUUCACAUUAAGUUGCAUUAGACGUAACAUAAACAUUCCCUUUUCAGUAACACUACAUUAUCACUGCAAAUAUUUGUAAUACAUUUGUGCAGUUUUUCAAAUGUUUUAUUGGUCUUUAUGUGUCUUAAGCAUUUUAUAAUUUUAAUCUGCUCGUCUAUUCUCCUUUGGAAGGUAUAGCGAUUAAGACAUUAUGGAGUUAUGCAUUUCAUUCAAAACACUGAACAAGUAGGCAGUGAAUAUCUACAAUCUUCAGGGAUACCUCCCAAUAUUGCAGUUCUUGGAUUAAUUUACAAGAAAAUUUGAAAAGCAUUUCUGAAAACGAAACCUUCGCCACAAAAGGUAAUUAGCUUGGUACCAGAAAUAUCUGUUAUACACACAGUUCAGGUCUGUUUCUGGUUGGAAAAUAUGAUCAUUUCCCCAAGUAUUCGCAUGAGUAUAUAUGAAGACAUAACAUGAGCCAUACCACCACCAACUCCAUCUGCACUCUGAAGUUCUGCUGGACGUGGGUCUGCCUUACAUCAAUGUUACACUGCUUGUGUGCUAAGGCGUCUUUAAACCAAUGAACUUUAAAAAUCGAAAUAAAAAAUGUAAACAUUCUAUGCGCAUGCGCUCAUAUCGGGAGCACAUGUCAUGACGUCACCGCUGAUCAAAGGCGCGGAUGUGCUUUAAAGACGCGGAUGACGUCAGGUGUAGCUUUGUUCAGGAAGAUCACAUAUAGCUGGAAUUUAUUAAAGAUGGAUUAUUUUGUGAAACAAAGGACUGUUAUUCGAAGGAUUUUGAGGACAAAUAAGAGACUUGAGGAAAGCGGAUAGGAAGAACAACUAAUCACAGGUUUCACCUGCUCCCAUUGAACACCUCCGCAGUCCAGCUACUCCUGUCUCUCCUCAAUGCAACUUGUCAAGCUCAUGCAUCUUUGAUUGUUCGUCCACUGGGCUGCUAUCAGAUUAACCUAACUAGCUGAAGGGCUGGCGCUGGGGAGAUGAUGAUGAUGAUGAUGAUGAUGAUGAUGAUGAUGUGUAAAGCGAGGGGGCUGGUUUUUGGAAAACCAGCUACACCUGCCCCUCCUCACCAGGAAUGGAUGAGUUAUGAGAUGGAGAGGAGAUCUAAGCGGUUCAUUCAGUUCAGCUGCAGACAAAAGGGGGCUCACAAUGCCUAGAGACUAAAACCUGGAUUCUAUACUUUAAUUUGCACUUGUGCUUAUUCAUCAGUCUUUCUGGAUCUUUUGGAGAUGAAACAAGCUCCAGAGCUUCUGGCUGCAUGGUGCUUUGGACACUGAGGAAUAAUUCAAUAUUAUCCUCCCCUCCACUUCUCCACGGACUCCUCUCCUCACAACGUAGAAAAGUGAAGAGGAAAGGUCUAUCUUACCUCUGACGGACCCGUGGCACCACUGAAAGGUGGAGCCAACCCCCGGUGCCACAAGGAUGAAGAACAGCUUCUAGUGGAUUUUUUUUUGUCUUCCUCAGAACAAAGUGUGUUAGUGAGGUAUCAAGACACAGUUCUGAGAUAAACAGGGAGAGAAAACAAAGACGCAGAGAAAAAUGCCUUUUGGUGGGUUAGCAGGUUUGAAGGAGCAGGUGCUUAAGCCUGGGAAGGAGGAAGUGAAGAACACAGUGGGGGACUCUCUAGGAAAACUGCAAAGGAAAAUAGAUGGUAGCAAUAUAGAAGAAGAGGACAACAUUGAACUGACAGAGCAUGGGCGUCCGGUGGCAUCAGCACCACGUUCUGCCCCACUGCUGGACUGCAGCUGUGGUGGUCUGCCCAAGCGCUACAUCAUUGCCAUCCUCAGUGGCCUGGGCUUCUGCAUCUCCUUUGGAAUCCGGUGCAACCUUGGUGUGGCCAUUGUGGAGAUGGUGAACAACAACACCGUCUAUAUAAAUGGGACUCCAGUGCUUCAGAAAGCUCAGUUUAACUGGGACCCAGAGACAGUGGGCCUGAUCCACGGCUCCUUCUUCUGGGGCUACAUUGUCACUCAAAUCCCUGGUGGUUUCAUCUCCAACAAGCUUUUUGCCAACAGGGUGUUUGGGGCUGCCAUUUUCCUGACUUCAGUGCUCAAUAUGUUCAUCCCAUCAGCAGCGAGGGUGCACUAUGGUUGUGUCCUGUUUGUUCGCAUCCUGCAGGGCUUAGUGGAGGGUGUCACCUACCCAGCAUGUCAUGGGAUGUGGUCCAAAUGGGCGCCACCUCUUGAACGGAGUCGACUGGCCACAACUUCAUUCUGCGGAUCCUACGCAGGAGCAGUGAUCGCCAUGCCUUUAGCUGGAGUGCUUGUUCAGUACGUCGGAUGGUCUUCGGUCUUCUAUAUCUAUGGUGUUUUUGGGAUCUUAUGGUAUGUCCUGUGGCUCCUGCUGGCAUAUGGAAGUCCUGCCGAACAUCCCACAAUCACAGAGGAGGAGAAGACGUACAUCGAGACCGCCAUCGGUGAAACAAUGCGCCAAAUGAGUGUGACUGAGAAAUUCAAGACUCCCUGGCGCCGUUUUUUUACCUCCAUGCCCGUCUAUGCCAUCAUCGUGGCCAACUUUUGCCGCAGCUGGACCUUCUACCUGCUCCUCAUCAGUCAGCCGGCAUAUUUUGAAGAGGUUUUUGGCUUCCCCAUCAGCAAGGUAGGGUUCCUGUCCGCUGUCCCUCACAUGGUGAUGACAAUUGUAGUUCCUAUUGGAGGACAGCUGGCUGACUUCUUACGCAGUAACAAAAUCAUGUCUACCACGAACGUGAGGAAACUCAUGAACUGUGGAGGAUUUGGUAUGGAGGCUACUCUGCUGUUGGUGGUCGGGUUUUCUCACACUCGAGGCAUCGCCAUCUCCUUCCUAGUUCUGGCUGUAGGGUUCAGUGGAUUUGCCAUCUCAGGUUUUAAUGUCAAUCAUUUGGAUAUUGCUCCUCGCUAUGCCAGCAUCCUGAUGGGCAUUUCUAACGGGGUAGGAACACUAUCUGGAAUGGUGUGUCCUUUGAUUGUCGGAGCCCUGACUAAAAACAAGACUCGUCUGGAAUGGCAGAAUGUCUUUGUUAUUGCGUCCAUGGUGCAUUACUCAGGGGUCAUCUUCUAUGCGAUCUUUGCUUCGGGAGAGCAGCAGGACUGGGCUAAUCCUGAGAACACCAGCGAGGAUAAAUGUGGCAUUAUUGAUGAGGACGAGCUGGCUGAAGAGUCAGAGCUCAACAGCGAGGCCAUGGUGGCUCCCAAAAAGAGUUACGGAACCACAGACAAUUCAUCUGGUCAAAAACAGGGCUGGAAAAAGAAGAGAGGGGUGACCAUGCAAGAAGAGGAGGAACAUUAUGGGAAUGGCGACUACCAGGACCGGUACCAGUGAGACGCCCUGUGGGGCAAAGAACUUCCAAAACACUCACUGGUUUGAUUUCACACCUGUGGAAAUGUCAGAAACAUCGGAGCAGUGUCAGAAGCAGCAGCAUCAUCAUAUGCACCUCAAGAUUUGGUCACUACACCAGUUUAACUGUAUGUACUGUAAUGUCCACAGAAAAACACAUAACACACAACACUAAAAAAGUCACAAAGCUAAAAUCAAACAUAAUGUUUAUUAGAAACCCAUUGGAGCAACAUUAGAAAGAAACAUAUACAAAUACAUGAUAUAAUCAAAAAUAGACAAUAGAUUUAAUCUACACUGACAUAUGAAUAUGAAUAUUAUAAUGGAAGCUAAACCACAGACCAACGUUCAUGAAGAACAUCAGAAACACAUAUCAACUUUCAAACCUGAGUUUACUUUUCCUGCCGCCUGCGUUGAUUGUAUUACGUCUGUGCAAGCAUACGUCGACUGAACUUUACGUAGCUUACUUGGAACCAUGUGAACAGUUUUUGAAAUGUUUUGUGUCAGCUAUGCAACGUGAAAAGCGACGCGCUUCUGGAAUGUAAUAAUGGGUUUGACACCAGACCACAGUGUUAAUGUAACAAGCAUUUUGUUGUUGUUUUUUUGCUUGUAUGUAUUUGCUGUUGCUGAAUGAUUGCACUCUGUCACCACUUAGCUCGCUCUCCUUGUCUGAGCAGGUCUUUGUUCACCAUCCGUUUGUUAUGCACUUCUUCCAGCAUUAUGUCGGCUUCAUUAUAUGUAGUGCUCUGCGCUCAUAAUGGGACGAAAUGGAUGGUGAGUCCAGUGCUGACGUCACUCCAUGAAGCAUUUGGUGUAACUCUAUUUAUUCUUCUGAUACAUAGAGACCCAGUUUGUUUCUAAAAAAUAACAUUCUGUAAUGUUUCACUUUAAUCAUAAAAGAGUAUAAGAAAUCUACACUCACUGUUUAUCAUUACUGCUAAAGAAGAGAAAAAUCGAUUUUGUACAGUAAAUUAUUAUCUUAUUGUUUGAGAGAUCAUUGAUUUGAUUUGCACUUUAUGUGAACACACUGGAGAUGUAAAAAACUGCAUUUCCAUACUGUAUUAAGAUUGUUUUGAGACAUAAAAUCCCUCAAGAGCUUCAAGGUUCUGAAUUAUUGAGUACCUUGCAUGAGGUUAUUCAACAUGUCAUGUUACUUUGUGUAUUCAAAAAAAUUAUAAAAAUAAUUAUUUAUCAAAUUGCAAAUUGUUCUGUUGGUGCAAUGGAAAGCCAUGCUAGCAGCUCUGCGGGGCUGUACUUAGGCACAGCAGUGGUUUGAGCUAAAUGCUAAUGUUAGCAUGGCAAUGUGAUCACAGUGACAAUGCUAACAUGCUGAUGUUUAGCAGGUAUAAUGCUUGCCAUGUUCGCCUUCGUAGUUCAGCGUGUUAGUAUGCUAACAUUUGCUAAUUAGCACUAAGCAGCUGACAGCUGAGGCUGAUGGGAAUGCCAUUCGUUUUGCAGGUUUGUGGUCAUAAACAAAGUAUUGGACGAAUUAAAAUUUUGACCUGAUGAUGGCUCUAGAUGAAACAUUAGAGGAUCACGGAAGUUAUCACAACUUAUUCUGAGAUGAACAUGAAUAUCUGGACCAAAUUUCACUUCAGUCCAUCCAAUAUUUGUCAGGAGCUUUCACUCAAAACCAGAAAUGCCGACCUGCUGGUGGCAUUAGAGGAAAAGUCAGGGAUCACCAAAGUCAGUAGGCUUCAUCCUCUGGGGACCAUGAAUGUCUGAACAAAAUUUCAUGGCAAUCCAUCCAAUAGGUGCUGAGAUAUUUCAGUCUGGAUCAAAGUGGUGGACCAACUGACUGGCAUUGCCAUCCAUGAAGCCGUGAUGCUAGCAUGGCUAAAAAUAAAUAAAUAAAAAGUUUUAAAAGCUGAAAGGAAGUCCUAGAACAUUUUUGUGCAUUCUCACUCUGUAAUAUAGUAUAGCUCAGCUUUUUAAAAUUAGUUUCCACCCCUCCAGCUCAUUUUUACAUUUAAAUGAUUAACGUAAAGCCUUCAUAAAGACACAGUUUAGAUUCUUGUUAUUUUCUGUAACUACUUGACAGAAUAGGCUGUCCCUAUUGCUGCCUGUUUAUGUUAGUGGGCUCAAAUUAGACAUUUUUAAAUAUUCCUAAGACUGCUCUGUUUCCCAUCACACUGUGGUAAACAUCCUCUGUCUUAUCUGUCUUUGCACGCCUGCUUAAUUUUCACAACAGAAGAUAAUUACUGGACAGGAUAUGCCUCACCAAUGUCAGACUCACUUCUACGAAACUACUGCUGCUUGAAAAGAUGAUAAAGGGAGUACUUUUAUUGUGAAAUAUACAAAUAUAAAUAUGUUUAACACUUAAAAUGUAUGCUUUCUGUGUAAAAUGAUUGUUCCCUCUCAGAGGUUGGUGAAAAGUUUCAAGGUUAUGGACUUUGUUGCUGGUCAUCCUCGCAGUGCUCUUAGUCCUUGAGAACAUGUGGACGAUUAUGUCACUUUCCAGGGAGUGUUGCUGUCAUCAUAUUACCAAUAUCUGUUCUAGUCUUCGUCACACCACAUGGAGAGAUAUCUAAAAUAAUUUUAAAUGGACCUCAUCAAUACUUGUGAGAGCUUUGACUGCUGUACAUGUAACUUAUAAAUAUGUUCAGUGGAGUUGUGUCCGUCCCUUCCCAGAGGCUAUCGCAGCCAGCUCACUCCCCACAUACUCUCAAACACAGACCAGAUAGUCCACCAACAGCCAGCAGGCAAUAGCAAAGGUUCUGUUUAUUUCACAGAGACUGUCUGUUGACUCAGAAGGGCCUCUUUGGAUGGAGCAACAACCCAUCAAUGAUUAAACUAUUGGUUUUUGGACAAAUUAAAGACUAUAAAGACAAGACUAA